AAGAGGAACAGCAUGAGUGUGCAUGCUGAUGAGGAUAGAGGCGUGUGGAGCCACAGAGCUGCAGAAUCCUGAAUCCAGCAGAUGGAGACUCCGUGUCCUUGUUUUGCGAAGAUCUGUGGGAGCAACAUGCAGCUCGCGCCGCUGCCUUGCACUGCUGCAGUGGAGGAGUAAAUGCGGAGCCCAGCACAGCUCCAGGUGAUCCACAGCAGCCCAGCCCGGCAGACUGCUCCCUCCUCAGCCUUCCCUCUCCUCCUCCUCUUCCUCCUCCUCCUCCACCUCCUCCUCUUCUUCCUUCUCCUCCUCCUCCUCUUCCUCCUCCUCUGUCAAUGCUCCAUUCCACUGAGGGCUUUGCAAAGAAAAUCAAGAAAGGAAAAGAGGAGAAAUCCUGCUUCCCCCCUGCGUUCUCAGAUGUAAAACACCUCUGUAUGUCUGUCCACUGCUUCCCUGUCACCGUGUGAAGACGCGCUGCAUAUGUGCUCCAAUGUCUCCGGAACAUAGACUCGCUGCAAGACCAGAAGUUUUCACCUUGGUCCCCGUCUCAAAAGUUCAAUGAAGGCAGGCGCCUCCCUCUGGCCAGGAACAUGAAGGGCUUAUCGGGCAGCCGAUCCCAGCACCAGAUCCCUUUACCCCAUGGCUUGGACUAUGACCCUCAUGUCCAUGACCUUCAUGCUCACCAUGGCCCCGAGUCCCGCCACUCGUCCUACCUGCUCAGCCCCACAGAGAGCUGCCCCAUGGACUUCCACCACCGAUACUCGCCGCGCAGUUCCAUCCACUCUGACUGCAUGUCCCCUAUCAUGAUGGCACCACCUGCCCCGUCUGACCACAUGUCAAGCAGUACCUUCCCCAGGAUGCACUAUAGCUCACAAUACUAUGACUCAGCCACAAGGGACGACUGCGCUGCCAUCACAGCCUCUGCCACUUCCCCCGCUGUCGCUGCUGCUGCAGCCGCGGCAGCUGCUUCCUCCCACCACGCCGGCACCAAGAGCAACCGCCUUCCUGCUAACCUUCUCGACCAGUUUGAAAAACAAAUGCCUCUACACCGCGAUGGCUUCCACACAUUACAGUACCAGCGCACCUCCACCACCACUGAGCAACGUAGCGAGAGUCCUGGCCGCAUCAGACACCUUGUUCAUUCCGUCCAGAAGCUCUUCACUAAAUCUCAUUCCCUGGAGGGAUCAUCCAAGAUGAAUGGCACAAAAGGUGAUAUUGUCGGAGGUGGAGGAGGAACAGGAGGUUAUUACCAUCAUGGCCACCACUCAACCAAACAUGGUAGCAAGAGGAGCAAGAGCAAAGAACGUAAGCACCGCUCCGGAGGCUGGUGGAGCUCAGACGACAAUCUGGAUAGCGAUAGCACCUACCGCACGCCCAGUGUCAUGUCACGGCACCACGGGGAACACGUCAGCCACUGCUACCCAGAUUCCAUGCACAGCCAUCACUUUGGAGACCUGUCUCUCAAGACCUCUAAGAGUAACAAUGAUGUCAAGUGCUCGGCCUGUGAGAGCAUGGCCAUGGCACCUGAGGGAAAAUUCAUGAAGAGGAGCUCCUGGUCGACACUGACAGUCAGCCAGGCGAAGGAGGCCUACAGGAAGUCAUCACUUAAUCUAGAGAAACCCAUAAUGCAUAUGGACCACAAGCCUUCAUUGCGGACAUGUCACUAUCUGCAGGUGCCCCAGGAUGAAUGGGGUGGAUACCCAGGCGACAAAGACGAGGAGAUCCCAUGUCGGCGGAUGCGCAGCAGUAGUUACGUCAAAGCUAUGGGAGAGGUGGAUGACGAAAGUGGCGACUCGGACACCAGCCCUAAAACCUCUCCACAGAAGGCCAUUCGGUCGGAUGCGCUUGUACUUAAAUCAGCCAUGCAUAGACCCCACUUAGACUCCCACCGCCAGGGCUACCAGUUGCAAACCACAAGAGAAAUGCGGCCCCACCCUAGUGUCACACUGGACCCUGCCACCUUUCAUCCCCCGCCCUUCCGAUCUCGCAACCAGAGCUACAUGCGCGCAGUCAGCACCCUCAGUCAGGCUAGCUGCGUCAGCCAGGUGAGUGAGACUGAGAUCAAUGGCCAGUUUGAGUCAGUUUGCGAGUCCGUUUUUAGUGAAGUAGAAUCCCAGGCCAUGGAGGCCUUGGACCUGCCUGGUUCGUUCCGAACUCGAAGCCACAGUUACCUCCGUGCAAUUCAGGCUGGUUAUUCCCAAGAUGACGACUGCUUGCCUUCAAUGACAUCCUCCACUGUCACUUCAACUCUCAGAUCCACAACAGGCGCCCGUAGCUUAGCUGGGGGGCGUAGAGAGUACGGGAUUCAGUUUCGUCUCCCUACUUCCUGCAGUGUGGACCGCGCUCAGCCACCUCCAGUGGUAUCAUAUCCUCCCAGUUACAAGAAGACUCCACCUCCUGUGCCCCCGCGCACCACCACCAAGCCUCUUAUCUCUGUGACAGCCCAGAGCAGCACAGAGUCCACCCAAGAUGCCUACCAGGAGGGCAGGCAUCCACGGGGUGGUCUGUGGACCACAGACAGCCUUGGCCGUCCCAUCUACAGCUCUACGGACAGCCUGGACAGCACCAAGGCGGUCACCAUGGCCAUGGAGUCAGCAGCAGGCAAGAGGCAUGCGUCUUUGGGCAGCCACACGUCUGUCCAGACAUGCGACAAAGCAGUGCUGGUGUCCAAGGCCGAGGAGUACCUCAAAACCCCACGCUCCUCAAUUGGGAUACAGGUGGAAACUGUCACCGACUCUGAGACUGAAAGUAAACGCCUUCCUCAGUUCCACUCAAUAGGUAUCCAGGUGGAAGGUCACAAACGGCACGGGCGCUUCAAGCGCUCAAACAGUGUGACCACUGCGGUGCAAGCGGACAUGGAGUUGGAGGGCUUUCCCUCCAUGGAGGACAAGGGCCUGCAGUUUGGUGGCGCCUUCGGCCGCCACUCUGAGCCCAGCACGCCGACGCAGUAUGGAGCCAUCCGUACGGUGCGCACGCAGGGUCUCUUUAGUUACCGGGAGGACUACCGGCCUUCCAGUCGGCCUACCAGCCCGCAGCCUGAAUCCUGGCUGAUCCAACCCAGCCUGGAGAGUGCGGACACAGGCCGUGUGUCCCCUCUGCGCAGGGACGGCAGCUGGUUCAUGCAGCUCCUUCACAAUGAAACAAAGCGCCUGGAGGGAUGGUGCAAAGAGAUGGAGAGAGAGGCAGAAGAACAUGACCUGUCAGAGGAGAUCUUAGGGAAAAUCCGGAGUGCAGUGGGAAGUGCUCAGCUACUAAUGUCUCAAAAGUUUCAGCAGUUUUACUGGUUAUGUCAGCAGAAUCUGGACCCCAGUGCCAUGCCCAGACCCACAUCUCAGGACCUGGCUGGAUUCUGGGACCUUUUGCAGCUUUCCAUCGACGACGUCACUGCCAAGUUUGAUGAGUUGCAGCAGAUCAAGAGUAACCAGUGGCAGCUGGUGGAGAGUCCGGAGAAGAAGGAGCGGAAGUGGCCUCCACCUCUGCCAAAGCGGCCGGCCAAGGGGCGUGGCGGCAUGACGCGGGAGCGUUCUCUGGACCUUCAGGACCGCCAGCGACAGGAAGCCCGCAGACGCCUCUUGGCUGCCAAACGCGCAGCUUCUUUUAGACAGAACUCAGCCACAGAGAGAGCGGACAGCAUCGAGAUCUACAUCCCCGAAGCCCAGACGCGACUUUGAGGUCCACCGACUCACCUCACAGCUCCUUUCGUCCAUCUCCCUCCUGUGCCGUCACCGUGGCUCGUCUUUUUUUUUUUUGUCUUUAUGUGUCGUCAUUCCCUGGGGUCGUCGCACGCUGAAGCUAUGCUGGGCACAAAAAAAAAUCAGUUUAUCAGUUUAAACGACAAUAUAUGGACACAGAUGAUUCUCCAAAACAGUAAAAAACUGGACACACCAGCAUUAAAUAUUAUCUUUGAAAAAAAAAGGUUUGCAUACCUGUGAGCUGCAAACAGAAGGUUGCCUAGUGUAGCUUUAAGUCCUGCACCCUGAGAAUGAGCUGCUACACCCAAAAAACAACAACGACAUUUCACAUGAUAUUAGUUUCAAAAGCAUCAAACAAAAUCGUAUCCAUCACUGUUAAACUCUUGUUCUUCUCCAUCACUGCCAUUGCUCCAGUGUCAGCAGCAUAAGUAAUCCUAUACUCGCCACAUCUAAAGGGAAACAAGUGCAACUUUCCUUCACCAGCAACAGUGGUCUCGGGCUAAAGACGUAAAAAAAACAAAAGAAAAAAGACAUUCACAUUCUCACACAGACUUUAAUGACAGUUGGUAAAAAAAAACAAAAAAAAAAACACGAUAUGAUUUCAAAUCCCUGCCAUGUACGAGGUUAAAAUCUUGUCCCAGUGGAACGUCUUUCAUCGUUUCUUUAAAGCAGGACUGCUGCAGCUGUUGACCAGUGUUGCUGAAAUAAGACUAAAACAUCAUUUUAUUCCACUUUCCCUUCACAUAUUACCCCUCUAUAAUCUCCACAUCUGAUAACAUCCAUGGACGCCGUUUGCUGCUGGAUACAUUUCCACUGCAGAACAAAUAUGAAUUAUUAACAAAACAAAACAAGAAAAAGAAAAGAAGAUACGCGUCCGUGCAGCCUGGACGGGGGUGGCGACUGUAUCAAACAAUGCAUUUUGCACCUUAUAAUAUUCAUGUUUGUAUUUCCAAGGGAAAUGUAGUUUAUGAAGCUCAUGUGAUUAUCGUUGCAGUUGAAUUGCAAGGACAGGUAUGGGGGGAAAUUUACCACAGAAUUCCAUGUUACUCUGGUUAGAUCACACACAAACUGCACUUUGUGUUGUGUUUUUUUGUUUUUUUUUCCGUUUCUCUCCGAUUUGGCGUUUGGGCCACUUCUUCUAUUACUCAAUUUUGAUGACACUUACAGUAUCUAGGGCGACUAUGAGCGAGCAUCACAGUCUUAGAGUAUCUGUAUAGGUCAAGCAGUUGUGGGUGGAUUUGACACGGAGCGCUUUUUGUCCUUACUGGUGUUUCUAUCUUGGUUCAUAGGAGAAAUGAUUGAUCUCACAACAAAACUGCGUCCAGACCUUUGUUCCGAGUGGUGCAUAAUGAAAAAAAAAACAAAAAACACUUGUGUUGUUAUUUUUUGAUCUGCUCAUGUAGUCUAGGAAAGACAGGUGCAAAUGACACUUUAAACAAUAUUCAGUUACUAUAGUAAAUGGUGCUGCUUUUUACUCUAAAACUGUUGUCCUUUACCCUCUGUGCACACACAAACGCUCACACACACACACACACACACACUCAAGGACUUUUUAAAUAGAGAUUUAUUAACAAUAUGGUGCCCGUUUGUCUCUCCAAUGACGUGCGGUAGAUUGUGACUCUAGGAAAGAUCAUCUUUGCAAUGCUCUUGCCCUCAGUGAUGGAAAUGAGGAGAAGGUUUUUAACAGUUUUUGUUUCUCACGUGGAAAAAUAUAUUUAUUAAUCAUUAAUGAGAGAGAGAGAGAGAGAGAAAGAUUACAAACCUUCAAAGUAAAGUCUUAACAUGCCCACACUGAGCCAAGGGCAUAGUGCUGCUCACAGUAUAAGCUGGCUGAAAAAUGCAUCAUUGUCCACAUUUUAUACGACGUCAACACACACACACACACACACACACACACACACACACACACACUCCCAUUCAUCCUCAUUUGUCAAAUCUGAUCCCAGCUAAUUAAAACUAAUGUGGAUCCAGGGCUGCGAGAAUGAU